AUGAAGAAAGAAGUGGAGUUUAAGAAAAACUUGGUGAUUUAUCGCCAGGCUCGAGAUUCAAUGGAACGAGCCAUGAAUUUCAUGCAAAAUUUCGAUCCGGAUACGCAAGUUGAGCAAGCUUUAGCUCGAAAAAAUGCUCUUGAGAGUAAUUAUAAGAAAUUUUGCCAAGCCUCAUUGAAUCUUGAGAGCCUUGAGGAGGAGGAAAAUACUGAGAUAGAUUUCCCCAAGGAUAUGGCUGCUUUUGAGGAGGAUUACUUCACGCUUAAAGCGUUUUACGCAUCGCUAGAGGUACCCCGCACGCCAGCACCAUUGUCAGGUUCAUCGGGUCAUUCUUUUCGGGCCCUGAAGUUGCCGGAUAUUAAACUGCCGGAAUUCAGUGGCAGUAUUUUACGGUGGUUUUCGUACUACGACACGUUCGACUCGUUAGUACAUAACAACGCAGAGUUAUCAGAUGUGCAGAAGUUUCACUACCUCAAGUCGACUCUUCGAGGAGAGGCAUUGAAACUUGUUGAGAAAAUGUCUGUAACGGGUAACAAUUAUUCAGUGGCGCUGAAAAUGUUGACUGAUCGGUAUCAGAACUUGAACAUCCUGGUACGCAGUCACAUUGAGGCGUUGUUCAAAGUGGAAAAGGUGCGCAAGGAAUGUCCACGGGAAUUGACAAGUUUGGUCGGCGACUUCGAGAACAACUUAGGAGUUUUGGAGAAGCUGGGCGAGAACACGAAAGGCUGGAGUUCACUUCUGGUGCACAUGGUGUCAGCGCGGCUGGAUCACAACACGCUUCGCGAGUGGCAGCGAGCAGCGGAUAAGAAAAAGAUGCCGACGUACGACGAGCUGAUCAAGUUUAUCCGUGAGUACGUGAUGGAGCUAGAGACGUUGCAGUCCGAUCGACCAGUGCGUGACUCCAGACCCAAUCUCCAGAGCGUGAAUGCUGCUACCGACGUCAAAUCCAACGACAACUGUGCGGCGUGCGGGAAGGGACAUCGUUUGUAUUUCUGCGAGCAGUUCAAACACAUGCCGGUUACUCAACGUGCUGCGAUCUUGAAAAAAUCUGGAUUGUGUGUCAACUGCCUCCUUGGAAAGCAUUCGUUCGCUACCUGCAAGUACGGAGCCUGCCGAGUAUGCGGAACCAAGCAUCACACGCUACUACACAAUCCAGAUGUGGAUAAAGCAAGAGGAUCCGGCACAAAUCAAGUUCCGAAGCAGUCUUCCGUUUCCAAUUUCGCUGGUGUCGAUAGUUCGCUUCCUGUUCCUCUCAGCCUCUCCGCCAAUACGCACUCGGGGACCAAACGUCUCGACCUCUCCCCUUCGAACCAAGUAUUUCUCGCCACUGCUGUUGUCAAAGUCCUCGGUCCAAAGGGUACUUCGUUCCUCGCUCGAGUUCUGCUUGAUAGCGCUUCGCAGCCGAAUCUCAUGACUGAAAGGUUUCGUCGUCUUCUGAAUUCGCGGAAGACUCCUGGUAACACAGAGAUCGCUGGCAUUGGUGGAAAUAUUUCUGCAGUUUCGCUGUUUUCGACUGUCGCUACGGUUGCCUCACGGUUCAACAACUUCCGAGUUCCGCUGGAGUUUAUUGUGAUGGAUAAGGUGACCAGCGAUCUUCCAACUUGCACCAUCGAUGUUAACGAUUGGGCCAUUCCGGAGAACAUUCGUCUCGCCGAUCCAUCGUUUGCUACGCGUGGUCCCAUCGAUAUGGUGAUUGGUGCACGGGUUUUCUUCGAGCUCUUGCGAAGCGGUCACUCCAAACUUGGCGACGGAAAACCGAUGCUCCAGAAUUCGGUGUUUGGUUGGCUCGUAUCCGGUUUUCACGACAGCGGUUCCAAUGCGGAUGAAGUUCGGGUCCAUUGUAACCUGUCGACGUUCCACGAUCUUGAGCAGAGCGUUAGCAGAUUUUGGGAGCUUGAAAUGUGCCAGACAAAUUCUACGUUGUCAGUUGAGGAGCGCCUUUGUGAGAACCACUUCGAAUCAACAACUCGCAGGGAUGAUUCCGGACGUUACAUCGUUAGCCUGCCCAAAAAACCGGAACUUAUCGGUCAGCUGGGAAAUUCGCGUGCUAUCGCCACUCGUCGAUUCUACUGCCUCGAAAAACGUCUUGAGCAGAAUUCCGAUCUCAAGGCACAAUAUUCCUCGUUCAUGUCCGAAUAUCUUGCGCUUGGACAUAUGAAAUUGGUUGAUGCUGUCGAGGAUGCUCCGGGUCGCCAUUUCUAUUUGCCACAUCAUGCUGUUUUCAAGCCGGACAGUUCUUCUACGAAGCUGCGAGUAGUGUUCGACGGUUCCUGCAAAACCACUUCGGGUUUUAGCCUCAACGACUUGCUGCUGAAGGGUCCAACUGUUCAGGAUGACAUGAUUUCGAUCAUUCUACGGUUUCGGAUGCAUUCUGUGGUCGUAACAGCUGACGUUACGAAAAUGUACCGCCAAAUCUGGGUAGCAGAGGAAGAUCGGGCUUAUCAGCGGAUUCUCUGGCGUAAAUCUUCUUCAGAACCACUUCGUACGUACGAGCUUACGACGGUCACCUAUGGCACCACAACCGCACCGUACCUGGCAACACGAUGUCUGCAGCAAAUAGCCGACGAUGAAGCCCAGAAGUUUCCGAAAGCAGUUCCCGUAGUGAAACAAGGUUUCUACGUUGACGACGUUAUGCGUGGCUUCGACACAGUGGAGGAAGCAGUUGCAGCUAUACGAGAGACGUCUCUGAUGCUGAAUUCCGGUGGUUUUCCUCUCUGUAAAUACGCAUCCAAUGUUCCAGAAGUAGUUGAGCAGUUUCCAGCAGAGCUUCGAGAACAGGCCUCCGUUUCGGAACUUGAUCGUUCGUCUCCAAUCAAAGCACUCGGCUUAUUUUGGAAGCUUACCUCCGAUGAGCUUCUGUUCAAAGUUCCUGAAUGGCCAGACGUCCCUUCGACCAAGCGAAAUAUCCUGUCGCAUAUCUGCAGCUUGUUCGAUCCGCUAGGGUUAGUUGGUCCGGUGAUUGUUCAUGCGAAAAUGCUGAUCCAGCUCCUUUGGGAAAUGCAGUUAGGCUGGGAUGAUCCGGUUCCCACAAGUAUUUCCGACCAGUGGAUGGAGAUAUCAUCGCAGCUCCCGAUUUUGUCGCAGCUUUCGAUUCCUCGCUUCGUGUUGACGGAGAAGCUAGCCACUUUAGAGCUUCAUGGGUUUGCUGAUGCUUCGCUGCGUGCAUACGGUGCCUGCAUCUACCUUCGUUCGAUAUCCGCAUCGGGUGCAGUCACUGUCCGCCUUAUGACAGCAAAAUCCAGGGUUGCCCCAACUGAGAAGCGUAGACCUACCCUCGCACGUCUGGAGUUGUGUGCUGGUCUUCGUUUGGCUAAUCUACAGAAUCAACUGCUGGAGAGCCUUCAACUCCAAUGUCCCCGGUUUCUGUGGUCAGAUUCUACAAUCACGCUGCACUGGAUUUCGCGCGAUCCAUCGAAUUGGAAUUCCUUCGUCGCCAAUCGGGUUUCGCAGAUUCAGCAGUUAACUGAGACCGCUACUUGGCUGCAUGUGCCUACUGAAGACAAUCCGGCUGACCACAUUUCGCGUGGUUUGACUCCAGAAUCCAUCGUUGGCAAUGAAUUGUGGUGGAAUGGUCCAAAAUGGCUGCUUCGUCCUCCUCAACAUUGGCCUGCGUCCGCGUAUUCCUGGAAAACCCAGCCGCCGCCAGAAGUAGACACCGAGAAAAGGAAAUCCGUUCCUAUUUCCGCAGUUUGCACUCACCAAGAGUCCUGGACCCGAGAAACGUUGGGCUAUUUUGAUAGCUACUACCGCCUACUUCGAAUCAUCGCCCUUUGCAAGCGUUUCAUGAACAACUGUAAAUUAUUGGAACAUGCACGCACCGUGGGAUUUCUGGCACCUUCCGAGAUUCGUUCGGCAGAGCUGUCACUUCUGCAAUGCGUGCAGCUCGAAGAGUUCGCUGAAGAUCACAAACGUUUACGGCAAGGCUCGACCGUUUCGCAGAAAUCUCCGUUGCUGAAACUUCGCCCGUUCAUGGACCAAAAUGAACAGUUGAUUCGUGUGGGAGGUCGCCUCAAAAACGCUCCAAUUCCAUUCGACCGAAAAUAUCCAUUUCUCAUUCCGAAGAAGCAUUUCAUCACGGAUCUUAUCUUCCUCGACGCCCAUGAAGAAACGCUUCACGCAGGACCUUCUCAUCUAUUGGCAGCGGUUCGUCGUCGUUACUGGCCAAUAGAUGGUCCAAAUAAAGCCCGUAAUACAGUCCACCAAUGCAUCGUCUGUUUCCGCAACAAACCGAGAUUCGCUUAG